GGCUGUGACGUCAGGCGGCGGAGGCGCGAUGCGCGUGCUGUCCCUCGGGCGGUGGCUCCGCGCCGGGCUGGUCCCCCCACGGGGCCCGGCGAGCCGGCACAGCGGGGACCGGCACAGCGGGCACCGGCCACAGGCACCGCCGCAGGGACCGGCCCAGGUACUGCUUCAGCAGAAAGUGUCGGUGGAAGUGCUGGAGCACUUGGAGCAGCUGGCCCUGGUGGAUUUCCGGGAUUCGGAGGGCGUGGAGCGGCUGCAGAAAGCGAUCCAGUUUGCUGAUCAGCUUCAUGAAGUAAACACCGACGGCGUGGAACCGAUGGAUUCAGUGCUGGAAGACAGGUGUCUGUAUCUCAGAGAAGAUGAUGUGACAGAAGGCAACUGCACCAAAGAGCUGCUGGAAAAUGCCAGAGAGACAGUAGAGGAGUAUUUCGUAGCUCCACCAGGUAACAUCCCUUUAGUAAAGCUGGAAGAACAAAAGACUUACCUGCAGGGCUCUAAGUGACAGCCCAGAGCCCAAAUGCCCUUUCAGUAUUUUAUUUGGGGAAAACAAAGUUUUGCGCAGUCACGGCUGAAACACCCUGGCAUGGAUUUUGGUCAAAAGAAAAGCACUUGCAAGACAGAAGAAAGAAGGUGUAGAAGUUUAGUAGUACUGCUGAAACAUUCAAUGUCUGAAGCUGGAUGGCAGCAUGGCAGAUGACCUUGGUGUUUUUAUUUGGCAAAGUGAAUUUGCUGUCUGGAGGUGAGAGCAAACCCCUGUCCCACUCUUAAUUGUGCAAUUACUUUAAUAUUUGUUUAAGCAUCCAUAAUAUACUCACAUAGUUGCAUAAAACAUGUAAUUACUAUGAUACUUGAAUUCUUUCAAGGGUAUUGAACUAAAGUCUGUAUUUAAACCACUAAUCCAAUCCUCUGCAAAACUGUAACACUGUAUUAUUUCUUUAGUCUCAGACUUGUCAAGAUUCAGACCCUGCAAAUGCUGAAGUUUUACAGAUACACAAGCUCAGCCUGUACGUAAUUUUUGAUAUGUAUAUAAAUCAUAACAAGGAAAGACUUCAAAGUAUCAGUCAAUCAAUAUGAUUAAUACCACAAUCAUCAGGUAAUGCCCAUUUUGAGAAGUCUCCCCUUGAUCUAUUCAUUUUGGCCUCCUCUUUGACCAUCAGAGAGAAUGGGGACAAUAUUAUUUACAUAGAAAAAGAAGGAGGAAUUUGAGAGGGGACUGCUUGGCUGCAGGAGCUUUUAACCCAAAAUAGCAUCAAGUAACUAUUUAAAGGCAACACCUAAACCAACAAUUUGGACAAGAUGAUCCCACAUUCCCAACGCAGCUAAACUUAAAACUGCCAGUUCAGUGCUGCUCCCACACACUCCAGUGAGAGAACAGACUGCCUGAUGCUUGUUCCCUGCAGCCCAAACUGCAUUUAAAGUGGAAAACACACAUCUCCUUAAUGAAGGGGUUUGAUGCAACUUCACCACAAAUAAGGGAAUUACAACCUUGACUCAGACACCUGCAACAACCAAAAAAAAAAGCUCACAGAGGGCAGAUGAGCUGCCUGUGGGGCAGGGUGUGCCAGUGCCUCAGUGGGUCUAACACUGGGGGUGCUGAGCCCCAGGAGAUGGUGCUGAGCCCCACUGGGCCCUGGCUGCCCUUUGAGAGAGGGAGACACACCCCUCAUGUGCUGGCUCACCUGUAUUCACUGCAGGACUCAGUAAAUAGAUCCAGUUUCUCUGGACACCAUGGAAAUAACCUCACAUUUUUCCACCAUCACAAACCUGUGGAUAUAAAGUUGGAUUGGAAGCCCUCACAUAUAAAUCCCAGGUUUACAAAGAGAAUUACAAUGUGGAGAUUUCUUCACUUUUGUGGAAAGAAAAUGGAAGUUGUUUUAUUGCUGUUAAUGAUUAUUUUAUGUUUUGGAAUUAACUAGGAGCCCCAGGAAAAAUCUCUGUUAAUACAGUGACAGGCUGUGCAAUACAGAGUAAAAACCCACCUCACAAAAAGUGCUUACAGCCUAACCUCCAUCUGGGAGAGGAAUCUCAUGAGAUGCCUUAUCCAUUACCCAGUUUUCUUCAGCAUCUCCUCUACCCCAGAUAUCAUCUCCUGUGUUUAUUUGUUCUGGCUUUCCCUGCAGCUCUGUCCUGAAGGAAACUGCACUUUUAUGUUCUUGAUUAACAAGUUAGGACUUUAAUGUAUCUCAGGGUUUAAUGUUUCUCACUAACGACGUGUAUCUCACCCACACUGACAUUUCCUGCAGUCGUCAUCACAAUUGUUCCUUCAGCAAACCAUUUCUUAAUAAAUGCAGAGAAAUUUGCCUGCAGCUACCAAACACAACCACCUCCUCAGAGAUUCAUGGGCGUUUCUGAAGUUCAGUGGAAGCAUUUGGAAGGUUGUUAAAUGGUUCUGUUCUGUCAGCACAAAACUGUCCAGUACUCAAAGAACUACUGCAAGUACUGCAGAUACUGAACACAGUUCUGGAAAUUAAUUACUUACUUUGGCCCCAAGACCACUCAAAACUUCUUCAUGUUUCUAGCACACAAGCAAAGUUGUGAACUGUAUCUCUAAUUGGAAUGCUAAAACCUGGGAGUCAGGAGUUAUUCCUGAGAUAUUUUAGAGUGACAAAAGUAUUACAUUAUGCAGAUUCAAUAUUUCUGGGGGCAGUAUAUUCUUCUGAGGUUGCCUUAGAGUUUUCAAAAGCAAAGAGUUGCUUGCAGUUAUGCUGCUUUUGCUCUGAAUGGCACUGAGCAGGUAACUACACUGUAUGAAUAUGCAAAAUAUUUACAUUUCAAGUGAGGUGAAUGACUGCUCUUGAGGUGGGUUUUUUAAAAUUUCUACAAGGAAAUGGGAAUUCUACCAACCAGUAUUUGAAAAUCUCUUUUAAGUCAUCAUGUGUUGUUUGCUGUAGACAUGGUUCAGAGUCCUGUUAUUAACAGAUCACCAGUGUGGAAGACUCAACACAGCAAUGUUCUAUCUGCUGACAAAUGUGUAAGCAGAAAGUGCCCCAGGGAGAGUGAAACUAAGAAAACAGAGCACUGAGGAUCUACCAAAACAUCUUGCUUCAUUUAAACAAUAAAAACCCAAACAAA